AGAGGCCUCGUGCUCUCCGGCAAAGCCUGUUGAAUUGGUGAGAGAAGAAAAGGAAGAGAAGGAGAGAGACAGGGAAGGAAGGAAGGAAGGAAGGGAGGAGGAGUCUCCGGGCAACAUGGUGAGAGCACCUUGCUGCGAGAAGAUGGGGCUGAAGAGGGGGUCAUGGACUCCGGAGGAGGACCAGAUUUUAGUAGCUUACAUCCGGCAGCACGGUCAUGGGAACUGGCGAGCUCUGCCGAAACAAGCCGGGCUUCUGAGGUGUGGGAAGAGCUGCAGACUCCGGUGGGUGAACUACCUGCGACCUGACAUCAAACGAGGCAACUUCACCAAGGAAGAAGAGGAGACGAUCAUUAGAUUGCAUGAGGACUACGGGAACAGAUGGUCUGCGAUUGCCACGAAGCUACCUGGCAGAACUGAUAACGAGAUCAAGAACGUGUGGCACACCCACUUGAAGAAGCUCGUCAGCCCCAGCAUGCCAUCCACACCAGUAAAGAAGAAGACGAAAAAGAAGUCAUCGGAGCCUAUUACAACCAUGCCACCGGACACAGGCUCGGAGAACACAGGAUGCAGAUUUAUGAGCGUGUCACCAGAACAAUCACCUUGCGACUUCUCAUCCUGUGCCACAGACUCAUCGACGGAGUCGGGAGAGAUCAGCGACGGUGGCAAAGAGGGAAGCUUUUGCUCGGAGAAAUUCUCGGAGAUUGAUGAAAGCUUUUGGUUGGAGGAGUGGUCGAUGGAUGACCGUGCGGCUUCCGUGAGCUUUACAGGACUAGCGAUCCCUCCUUCGCCCUCCAUCGGUGAGCAGUUGGACCUGCUCGGUGCAUCUGACAGCGGCGACAAGGAUUUUUGGCUGCGGGUGUUCAUGGGAGCUGGAGAUUUGCAGGAACUGUCACAAAUCUAGCAGAUGAUGAUUUGCGUGUUAAAUUCCUCCGAAAUCAACUGUUUCGGCGCAAAAUUGCAGAUAAAAUUCUUUAAAGAUUAUUUCGUUGGUGGCAAAUUGAUUGUCCAAGAUUAGAUAGAGGAUAUUGCUGCUA